AUGGCCAGGGAGGACUCGGUGAAGUGCCUGCGCUGCCUGCUCUACGCCCUCAACCUGCUCUUCUGGUUGAUGUCCAUCAGUGUAUUAGGUGUUUCUGCAUGGAUGAGAGACUACCUGAAUAAUGUUCUCACUCUAACGGCAGAAACAAGGGUGGAGGAGGCUGUCAUUUUGACUUACUUUCCUGUGGUCCACCCGGUCAUGAUUGCAGUCUGCUGUUUCCUCAUCAUAGUUGGAAUGCUGGGCUACUGUGGAACAGUAAAGAGAAAUCUGUUGCUUCUUGUCUGGUACUUUGGAAGCUUGCUUGUAAUAUUCUGCGUUGAGUUGGCCUGUGGUGUUUGGACCUACGAGCAGGAAAUAACAGUUCCAGUGCAGUGGUCUGAUAUGAUAACGCUGAAAGCCAGGAUGACCAAUUAUGGCCUACCUAGGUACCAGUGGCUGACCCAUGCUUGGAAUUUCUUCCAGCGGGAGUUUAAAUGUUGUGGGGUGGUGUACUUCACAGACUGGCUGGAAAUGACUGAGAUGGACUGGCCGCCUGACUCCUGUUGUGUCAGAGAGUUCCCAGGGUGCUCUAAGCAGGCACAUCAUGAGGAUCUCAGUGACCUUUAUCAGGAGGGAUGUGGUAAAAAAAUGUACAGCUUUUUGAGGGGGACAAAGCAAUUGCAAGUGCUGAGAUUUCUAGGAAUCUCUAUUGGAGUAACACAGAUUCUGGCUAUGAUCCUCACGAUUACAUUGCUGUGGGCCCUGUACUACGACAGAAGGGAUCCUGGGGCAGAUCAAAUCAUGGCCCUGAAGAGUGAUGCCUCGCAGCAACUGUCAUGCCAUUCCAUGGAGCUACUGAAACCAAGCCUGACAAGGAUCUUUGAACACACAUCCGUGGCAGACAGCUUUAAUACACGCUUCGAAAUGGAAGAGUUAUAGGUCAUGCGGUGAAUUGAAGGAAUCAC